ACUUGAAUAGUUCAUAUCCAUCCUUCACUACAGGAAGCAUCAGAAUGAUAUCGCAAACUCCAAAAGUCUUAGACACCAAUGACUAUUCACAAAGAUUGGGAAUAUCACAGCAGAUAUUUAAAGAAGAUGGUGAAUUGGCAGGAACUGGUCAGCAAUCAAUAUGUACAGAGAGUAAUUUAGUCAUCAAACAAGAGGACAACAUUUCUGAUUUAUCUAGUGAAAUGAUUAUCCCAGAGGAUAAACCACACACAUUUACUGAGUUUUCAAAACAUAUUAAAGAAGGGAAAAGUCUACAGUCUAGCCAGAUGAUUCAUACAAAGGAGAAACAUUUCAAAUCUACAGAAUGUGAAAAAAGCUUUAGAUGGAAGUCUCAUCUACUAGAACACCACAAAAUUCACACAGGUGAGAAACAACACACAUGUACUGAGUGCGUCAAAUGUUUUACACAAAUGGAUCAUCUGAAAAGUCAUGACAGGAUUCACAAAGGAGAAAAACCCUUCACAUGUACAGAGUGUGGAAAAAUAUUUACACAAAUUAUUAAUCUGAAAACUCAUGAAAUGAUUCACACACGAGAAAAGCCUUUCACAUGUACAGAGUGUGGAAAAAGUUUUACACAAAAGAGUCAUCUGAAAACUCAUGAAAGGAGUCACACAGGAGAAAAACCCUUCACAUGUACAGAGUGUGGAAAAAGAUUUACACAAAUUAUUAAUCUGAAAACUCAUGAAAUGAUUCACACACGAGAAAAGCCUUUCACAUGUACAGAGUGUGGAAAAAGUUUUACACAAAAGAGUCAUCUGAAAACUCAUGAAAGGAGUCACACAGGAGAAAAACCCUUCACAUGUACAGAGUGUGGAAAAAGAUUUACACGAAUUAUUAAUCUGAAAACUCAUGAAAUGAUUCACACACAAGAAAAACCUUUCACAUGUACAGAGUGUGGAAAAAGUUUUACACAAAAGAGUGAUCUGAAAAAGCAUGAAAGGAGUCACACAGGGGAAAAGCUGUUUACAUGUGCAGAGUGUGGAAAACGUUUUACAGAAAAGAGUAAUCUGAAAACUCAUGAAAGGAUUCACACAGGAGAAAAGCCUUUCACAUGUAAAGAAUGCGGCAAAUGUUUUACACUAAUGGAUCAUCUGAAAACUCAUGAAAGGAGUCACACAGGAGAAAAGCCUUUCACAUGUACAGAGUGUGGAAAAAGUUUUACGGAAAAUAGUAAUCUGAAAACUCAUGAAAUGAUUCACACAGGGGAAAAGCCUUUCACAUGUACAGAGUGUGGAAAAAGCUUUACACAAAAGAGUACUCUGAAAACUCAUGAAAGGAGCCACACAGGAGAAAAGCCCUUCGCAUGUACAGAGUGUGGGAAAAGAUUUACACAAAUUAUUAAUCUGAAAACUCAUUAAAUGAUUCACACACGAGAAAAACCUUUCACAUGUACAGAGUGUGGAAAAAGUUUUAAACAAAAGAGUGAUCUGAAAAAGCAUGAAAGGAGUCACACAGGGGAAACGCUGUUCACAUGUACAGAGUGUGGAAAACGUUUUACAGAAAAGAGUAAUCUGAAAACUCAUGAAAGGAUUCACACAGGAGAAAAGCCUUUCACAUGUACAGAGUGUGGAAAAAGCUUUACAAACAAGAGUAAUCUGAAAAGUCAUGAACGGUUUCACACAAGAGAAAAGCCUUUCACAUGUACAGAGUGUGGAAAAUGUUUUGCAGAAAAGAGUAGUCUGAAAACUCAUGAAAGGAUUCACACAGGAGAAAAACCUUUCCCAUGUACAGAGUGUGGAAAAAGUUUUACACAAAAGAGUACUCUGAAAUAUCAUGAACGGUUUCACACAAGAGAAAAGCCUUUCACGUGUACAGAGUGUGGAAAAAGUUUUACAGAAAAGAGUACUCUGAGAAAACAUGAGAGAAUUCACACAGGGGAAAAAAAAAGGCGGGAGGGGUCAAGAAACCUGUCCAACGGGUGGGUCUGCGCCAUAUUGAAGUCGCCCCCCACUAUCACUGGGGAGUCCGAGUGUUGGGCAAUGAGUGACUGCAGGGAUGACCAGAAAACUGAUCAGAGUGAUUUGGGCCAUAGACAUAACAUAGUUGAAAAAGGAAACCUCACAAGUAUUAAACAAUGUGAAACUGAGUUACUGAUUUCUGAGAGUACACAGAUGCAUAUAUUGAUACAUAAUAAAGAAGAAAAUUGGCUUGAUACUCUAAAGAAACAAAUUGAUGAUUACGAGAAGGAACUAGUAAGCUUCAAGGAGCGUAAAUGUCAAGCAGUGAUUGCUGACUACAGGGAAAAGCGAGUUUACAAAUGGACACUGGGGCCAGAGGAUAGGAGGACUAUGAGACCUCACAGAAAAAGAGCCUAUAAACCCUGCAACCUCACUACUGUGUAUAGCUCAGACCAGAGCUCAGACAGUGAGGUACAGCAAUCUGCAGUGACCGCACAACCAACUAACUAUGGAAUGGUAACUCACUCAAAAAACGAGUUUAAUAGGACUUUGAAAUUGAAAGAAUUCUUCAAAGAUUCCAGCAUGGAACAUCAUAAGUUCAAGGCUAAAAGUACUUUUGACCCUAAAAGUACAAAUGCAAGCAUUAAGACCUUUUCCAGAAUGCUGACUGAACAAAUCUUUAAUUCUUGCAAUAAUCAUAAAGCAGAAGUCAAGAAGAAUCUAACAGCACCUGAAUGGCAAGCACUUGACACACUGAAGAAAAACCCAAAUAUAGUCAUCCGUGAGGCGGAUAAGGGUGGUGCCCUAGUUCUGAUGAAUUACAAAGAUUACCAGCAAGAAAUCUUGGGACAAUUAUCAGAGUCCAUGACCUAUAAGAGACUACAGGGUGACCCCAUGAAAGUGUUCAAGGAGCGUAUUGAUGGCUAUAUCACAACUAUUAUAGAAAUGGGAUAUAUCAGUGCAGCAAAUAAGGCCUUUCUUAUAGUAGACCAUACGGUCAUUCCUAUUAUCUAUACCCUGCCGAAAAAACAUAAGGAUCCAGAACAUCCUCUGGGAAGACCGAUCAUCUCUGCCAGAGGCUCACUAUUACAAACAGUGGCCAGUUUUGUUGAUAGUUUUCUUCAACCUUUGUUUGAUCCCAGUGGGAUGCCGCCACUGACCGUUUGCGCAUGCGCAGUUGCGCCAGUGGGACGCCAAUGUGCAUUCCAGCUGAGGAUCAUCACUGCAUGGUGGGGUAUAAGUAUGGGGGGUUCCUCAGAAAACUCUCAAAGAACCAGAAAGAGGAUCUAUGAAGAGAAAGAACCCAAACUCAGAAGAUUUCCAAACUCCUACAGACAAAAGAAGACCCACAGGGGCAAGAGAGGAGGAAGAAGAAUAAGAAGAAAAAAGGAGUUACUAUCUCCCCUCCCAUCAAAUGCCAAGGUUACCACUACAGGCAUUUUUAACUUAAGCUCAAAGGAACUCACAGAAAAAGAAUCAUCUGUGUUAAGUUAUGGAUUGUCAUUCGCCCCAUCAAAGGGUUUGAACAAAUUUAACACCUUCAUAAAUGCCAAAGAACUAGUCAGGAAACUGACUCUUAAAAGACAUUUCAUGAAAAUGCCACUGGAAACACAAUCCACUCGACACGAAAAGAUUUACUCAGACACUCAAACCACUAAUGGAAAUACCUACCUCCAUACGGAUUUAAGACCGAGAUCGACUUUUUACCCAUUGGCAAGUAAGGGUAAUGCCAUAGACACAUUUGAUACCUUGAUCUGUAAUGAGAUCAGGGACAUCAACCACAAGAAACUGAUCAGACAUAAACAUAAUCUAUCUAAGGAACAAAUGAACACCAUAAAGACCCUCGAAAAUAACCAUGACGUGGUUAUUAAACCAGCUGAUAAAGGCGGGGGCAUCGUGGUUUUGAACAAAAUAGAUUAUGACCACGAGUGUAACAGAAUCUUAUCGGACCAACAGACAUAUGAAACAUUAAGGAAAAAUCCAGUUGAAGUUUAUAAAAAAGAAUUAGAAGAAAUGUACAUUGACGAUAUUAUUAUGAUUUGGAAGGGAUCUAGAGAAGACUUGGAACACACCUUGGAAGUCAUGAAUGACAACACUUGCAACCUUAAAUUUACACACGAGAUGAGCAAUAAAACAAUUAACUAUUUGGAUUUAAAAAUUGAGAUUAUCGAAGGGGAAUUGGAGACGUCCACUUUCUUUAAGAAAGUGGACUGCAAUAAUUACAUACACAUGGAAAGCUGUCAUCUUAACCGAUGGAAGAUGAAUAUACCAAAAGGCCAAUUCCAAAGACUGAAGAAAAACUGUUCCAAUCCCAAUAAGUGGGAAGAACAAGCCGCUACUCUCAAAGAAAAAUUCUUAGAAAGAGGUUAUGAAGAAGAGUCCCUAACUCAAACCAUGGAAGAGGUCAGGAAGAAAGACCGGAAAGAUCUCCUGGUAUAUAAACCGAAAAAAACUAUCCACUAUUCUGACGAUAACAUACUCACUAUUCCGUUUAUUACCGAGUAUAGUGAAAACAGACACAUUGUGGAGAAAAUUAUAGAGAAGCACUGGGCACUUUUAAGGAAUGAUGAAAUCAUAGGGGAUAAACUGUCAAGUCGACCUGUCUUCAUAUACAGGAAAACAGACAAUCUUAAAAAUAGACUAUCCCCAAGUAUACCUAAAAGAACACCAAAUAAAACAAGGGAUGUAUUCGGCAAGGAAAUUAAAGGUUUUUUCCCAUGUCUGGGCUGUAAAGCCUGUAAAAGAGGCAUAAAAACCAAAGAAUUUACCUCGUACAAUUCAGGAGUCAAAUAUAAGAUUAAUGACCUCAUAAGAUGCAGUGAUAGAGGAGUUGUCUAUUUGAUAUGGUCAACAUUUGAGUUAUCUAGUGAAAUUAUUAUCCCAGAGGAUAAACCACACACAUUUACCGAGUUUUCAAAACAUAUUAAAGAAGGGAAAAGUCUACAGUCUAGCCAAAUGAUUCAUACAAAGGAGAGACCUUUUCAAUGUACAGAGUGUGAGAAAAACUUUAAAUGGAAGUAUCAUCUACUGGAACACUACAGAAUUCACACCGGUGAGAAACCACACACAUGUACUGAGUGCGGCAAAUGUUUUACACAAAUGAAUCAUCUGAAAACUCAUGAAAGGAGUCACACAGGAGAAAAGUCAUUCAUAUGUACAGAGUGUGGAAAAAGUUUUAUACAAAUGAGUAGUCUGAAAUAUCAUGAAAGGAUUCACACAGGAGAAAAGCUUUUCACAUGUACAGAGUGUGGAAAAAGUUUUACACGAUUGGCAAAUCUGAAAACUCAUGAAAGGAUUCACACAGGAGAAAAGUCAUUCACAUGUACAGAGUGUGGAAAAGGUUUUGCAGAAGAGAGUAAUCUGAAAACUCAUGAAAGGAUUCACACAGGAGAAAAGACUUUCACAUGUUCAGAGUGUGGAAAAAGUUUUACAGAAGAGAGUAAUCUGAAAACUCAUGAAAGGAUUCACACAGGAGAAAAGACUUUCACAUGUUCAGAGUGUGGAAAAAGUUUUACAGAAAAGAGUCAUCUGAAAAAACAUGAAAGGAUUCACACAGGAGUAAAGCCGUUCACAUGUACAGAGUGUGGAAAAAGUUUUACAGAAAAGAGUAAUCUGAAAAUUCAUGAAAGAAUUCACACAGGGGAAAAGUUUUUCACAUGUACAGAGUGUGGAAAAAGUUUUACAGAAAAGAGUUAUCUGAAAAAGCAUGAAAGGAUUCACACAGGAGAAAAGCCUUUCACAUGUACAGAGUGUGGAAAAAGUUUUACAGAAAAGAGUCAUCUGAAAAGGCAUGAAAGGAUUCACACAGGAGUAAAGCCGUUCACAUGUACAGAGUGUGGAAAAAGUUUUACACGAAUGGGUAAUCUAAAAUCUCAUGAAAGGAUUCACACUGGAGAAAAGCCUUUCACAUGUACAGAGUGUGGAAAAAGUUUUACAGAAAAGAGUACUCUGAAAACUCAUGAAAGGAUUCACACAGGAGAAAAGCCUUUCACAUGUUCAGAGUGUGGAAAAAGUUUUACACAAAAUUGUGAUCUGAAAAAACAUAAAAGGAUUCACAAGGGAAGAAACCUUUCAUAUGUUUAGAAAGUGAAAAUAAGGUUUAUUAUUGAAAUCAGGUAUCACAAAACACCAAAUAGUUACACACAAACAUUAUAUACACAGUGUACAAACCUUUUUACAAUUAUCGUAAAGAGGACAAACUCUCUAAAUGGAAGCAUCAAAAUGGAUGUUAUUGUAAAUAAUACUUUCUAAAUCCCAGUUAUAAAAGCCUCAGAUUGGAAGUGCUUUCCUGCUGUCCUUUGUUCCUAUAUAUAUGUGCACCUCCGUUUCUCUCAUAUAAAUGUGAUAGAAUCCAAACACCACACAGGAAUAUACAGAUCUGUCCUCAUACUGACCAUUUCACACAACCAUUCACACCCACAGCACCCCCAGUGUUGUUUAUUAAUAUGCCAGUGUUAGGAGUUGUACGUUUGAUUUACAUAGAGGAGAAAAUAAUUACAUUUACAGAAUUAAGGAGUCUUUAUAUGAAUAGAGUGUUAGAGAAUUAUAUAAACAAUAACAUCAGUCUCAAAUGAUUGACAUCUGGGAGAUAUAUUUAAUGUGUACAUCAUGUGGAUAAACCUUUUCUUAUAGCAAUAGAUGCUUAGCAUUGUACAUGUUAUAUACCAGAGGAAUUACUUAAGGGAUACUGAUUUUAUUUCAUGAGACACAAUAUCAGUAACCGGUGCAUACGUGAUCAUAAUCAGUUUAAUUUAAUUGGCUACUAUAACUAAAGGGGAACAUUAUAUAUCUGAUAAAUCCCUUUGUAUCAACAGCACAAGUGUUAGGUAUAUUUAUACCAUUGUGUGCAUAUAUCAUGUAAUGCUGCUUUUUACUAUAUAAUGAGAUACAAUGUUUUUUCAUGCAAAUAAAAAGUGAUUGUAAUCUA